ACGGUUAGAGGAAGGACAUGUAGGCAACAACUUAGCUCACCUUAACAAGGACGAGAGAUGAGAUCGAUUCUACCAAUCCAACACGGGAAAUAAGAUUACUGCCGAUUGCUUAAGUAAAGAUCACAUCUCAUCCAAGACAAGCAGACUUUCCAAGGAAGUCGGACUCUCCGCAUCCACUGCGUUAGCCAACUUUCUAUUGCGAUCAACGUGUUACAGCUGCAUUGCAGUUUACUAUACACGCAUGUACAGCAUUUGUUUUCAAGAGGAGGGGUGAAGUUAGCAUCAAGGACCAACAGGAGACGGAUCUUUAUUCAACUUUUGUGAGAGCAAAAUUCUGUGAGGAUGCCACGUCCAGGGAGAAACACCUACAGUGACCAGAAGCCACCUUACUCGUACAUCUCUCUCACUGCCAUGGCUAUCCAGAGCUGCCCGGAGAAGAUGCUUCCUCUCAGCGAAAUUUACAAGUUCAUCAUGGACAGAUUUCCCUAUUACAGAGAAAACACACAACGAUGGCAAAAUUCAUUGCGACACAAUCUUUCUUUCAACGACUGUUUCAUUAAAAUCCCACGUCGACCAGACCAACCGGGUAAGGGAAGUUUUUGGGCUCUCCAUCCCAGCUGCGGCGACAUGUUUGAGAAUGGAAGUUUCUUGAGACGCCGCAAACGUUUCAAGGUAAUGAUGAUGGCAUCAGAUCAUUUGGCAGCUAGUAAGCAAUCAGAUGCUGCCCAUUAUCUUCAACAGCAAGCUAAACUGAGACUGAGUGCGUUAGCUGCCACUGGCACACAUCUUCCACAAAUGUCCAGCUAUAACAUAGGAGUGUCACAACCAUCAACUUUUAAGCACCCGUUUGCUAUUGAGAACAUCAUUGCCCGAGAGUACAAGGUGCCAGGAAGUCUUGCAUUUUCUACCAUGCAGACCAUGUCAGCUGGGUAUCCUCUCCACAAUCAGUUGACUACAGCGUGGCCCCAUAUGUACAAUCCCGGCGUGAUAGACACAGCCUCUCCAAUUUCCAUGGCGAGUGAUUACAGUGCUUAUGGCGUCCCAAUAAAGUCCCUCUGUCACGGAGGACAGACGUUACCAGCGAUUCCUGUGCCAAUAAAACCUACACCGACCUCAGUGUCUGGUUUCUCCGCGCUUCCUGCGCACAUCCCCGCAUUCUUAUCAAACUCUCCGCAGUCUCUAAGCCCGACCUCACCUCAGACAGCGACGAGCCAAAGCAGCCCAUCUACGCCCAGCGACACCCUGACAAACCCCUCCAGUCUGCAGUCAGUGGCUGUGCACUGACCACCUUCGCGGGUUUUCAGAUUUUUUCAGCUAAUGAACUCGAUUGCAGGUUCUUGCCAAAUCCAAAGUUUAUUUUCUUGCCACAGAAAUUCUAGACAGAAAAACAUAAUCCAUAGCUACAAUCACGGCAAGCAAUGUCAAUGUUGUAAAUUCAAUUUUGUGUAAUGUUUUGCGUUUAAGGAUAAAUGUCUUAUAACAUGGGUCCAGAUCAGAUAUUGUGAAAUCUUGCUCUUCAAUUUAUAAAUGAUGGUUGUUUUCAAUGUUCAGUUCAAUGUCAAAAUAUGUGCUUUGCAAUGGAAUCGAGUUGAGUUGCAUAAAAUAUAAUUUGUAGAAGUCCCCGUACCAAAAGAAACAAACAUAUGCAAAACAACAAUAAUGCUUUGCCUAGUUGGGAGUAAUUUCCUUCUACUGUAACAGAUUAUUUCACCACAGGAAAAAGGCCUUUUCAUUAUUUUGUAAGUGUGCUAUACAAGCAUAUGAUUGUAAUGUCCGUAAAAGGCAGAAACAAGCAAACGUAUACAAACUUAAACUUGUUUCAUACAAUUUGUUUUCUUUUUACAAAUGGAAUUCCAAUCGUUCAUUAAGGUUGUGGAAGUUGGUAUACCAAAUAGGCCUGUACGUAUAGGAAUUCAGGACAGAAUUAUGAAACAUUGUCCACCGUAAAAAAUUGAAAAACAAAUGUAAGGCGUCCUUGAAUUCAAAAUGAAUAUGUGAAUACUGAAAAUAAGUUCAAUUCAAAUAUUGUAAAAUGCACUUUUUAGUUUUAUGUUUUAGUUGUUUAUUUUGCGUGAAAUUUUGUGAGGCAUUUCAUUUAAAAUCUGUGGUGACCCUGUAUCAAAUGCUGUUUAUUUGUACUUUUCUGUUUAGGGAAAGCAUGCUUAUCCCUGAACUGUUUUACUCUGGCAGCAUGCGUGCUUUUGAAAAGUGUGCAAAUAGAAUGCAUCGAAUUAAAACUGGGUCAUCAAGAUAUUUUCACAUUAAAAAGGGUGUAAACACA